AUGGAUUUGACAGCACAUGGCGCCUGGAGAGGAAGUAAUGCCCGUCCAUAUCGAUCCAAACGACGUCCACCUUGUGAUCAGUGCCGUCGCAAGAAGCUCCGAUGUCAAGGACCUGCAGAGGGAGGGUGUGAGCGGUGUCGGUCUGGAGGUGCUCGGUGCUCAUUCCUUGGGAUUGGUAGGUCUGAAGCGGUAGGACAGUUGGCACCGAAUCGAUCGCCGAGAGAGAAUAGUCCCAUGCCUGAUCACGAGCAAGGAGGCAUUACCAUUGAUACUACCUCCAAUUUACCUGGACCUACAGAGUCCAACGUUGCAAGUGGGUCUUUUCUGAACGCUUCUUUUCUAGACGCGCCGGUGGACGACCAUUUCACACCCCCCAUAUAUCGGCUUCCUGGAAGGUCAACGGCCCAGGCAAUCCAAUCCUUAGAUCUCCUUGAUGGCUUCUCCUCCCAACUGAUCGGUGCAUCGGGAGAGUCCGAUCCAUGGCUACUUCGACAUGGGAAGUUCGACGAUCGAGGGUAUAUGCUUUUUCAUCAGGUGCAUUUUCGCAACGCAGGCGGGGUUCCUCUAGAGGAGAAAAUCCCAGUACACUUUUUAGUGAGUGCCGAUGCAGUAUACGAAUCCGCAAAGGGAACGACGAGUUACGGGAAAGGAGGUAGGCGGGAGGAGUUGAACAGUCUAGUGCCGCUUGAAUGUGGUCAAAGACUGGUUUCUCUAUUUGUCAAAUUCGUAUUUCCAGCCCUACCUAUCAUAUCCCGAUCGCACUUCGGUCUCUCCGCCUCUCGAUUAAUGCCAGACCAACAAACACUCCAGUCCAUUCCUGUCCAUCUUCUAGCAGCGAUUUAUGCAACCUCAUAUCAAUUCACCCAAUUCGAUGACUAUUUAAGUGUGGCCAACGCGUACACUACCCCGCCCACUCAGGAGCUAUGGCGCAUUGUGCUUGAACUCAUUAUGUCGGACAUCCACACAUCGCAUCUGUCUUCUCUACAAGCGGGGAUUCUCUAUCUUCACAGAUGUCCACAAGGUCCUGAAAAUGCCGUUGCGGAUAGUCCUUUCCACUGGUCCUUUCUUGGCCUCUUAGUAGGCAUCGCUACAUCUCUCGGCCUCCAGUUAGAGUGCCGACCGAUGGGUCUCCCUGCUUGGGAAAAGCGCCUCCGACGUCGGCUCUGGUGGGCACUGUAUGCAGAGGAUAAAUGGCGGAGCCUGUUAAUGGGGAAACCACCCUAUAUUAGGAAUGAUGAAUGGGAUGUAACUGAGCUUGACGAUGAGGAUUUCCGAUUGGAUGGGAUGCCGGAUGUCUUUUAUGGAAGAGUGUUCAGGCACUUUGUUCGUCUGGCGAGAAUUGCAGACGACGUUCAACACUCGUUAUAUUCCCUUCGCGCAGCUCAGCGACUCUCAUCCAAUUUCUCAGAGGCUUUACAGGCAUCUCAUCUACUCCUCCGAGGGCUUAAAGAAUGGUACUCGCAACUCCCGCCAACUCUUAAACUCCAACACCGCGCGUUCCCGGUCACCAGCGCCACAGAUUUUCAUUCAUGCCAACAUAACAACGCUCUUCAUUUUGCCUACAUCCUUCUAGAAGUAUUCAUUUUCAGGUCUCUACUGCGCCCUAUGGUUCGGUCCGCCACACCACCGCGUUUAUUCGAAGAAACAGACGUCCAUGAUGCCCCAACAGACCCGGUAGAUGACUACAUUGCACAACUCAUUGAUUGCGAUGAAGUCGAGCCUACGCCUGCAAUUGACUUGUCCAACGGAGACAGCAGUGGCAGCGCCGCACUCACAGCCGCAGAGAACUGUGCGGCACGCAUGCUUCGUUUUGUAAUGCGCAUGCCCUGCAGUGAGGGAAGUGGUGGGUUUUGGUACUCUUGGUGUCGUAUUGGCUUCGCUACAGCAUCGAACUUCAUGAUUCUAUUGCUAGUUCAAGCUCCCUCUGCAAAUCACGCGAUGCGUGCCCAUAGAAUCCUGCGUAUGUGGCGGCAAACUAUCCGAAGUCAGAGCCAGGGAAAUGAAUGGAUGAAACUGGCGCUUGUGAGACUGGAUGGUCCGCAUUGGAAAGGAUUGGAUCAGACCUAUUAUCUGCCUAAACAUGUGAGGGAGGUGCUUGAAGCCACGGGGUAG